AUGGUUGGUGAAACUGUAUCCGUGUGUCACAUUCAACAUGAUUUCGAGGCUACCGGAGUGGGCUCUCAAUUUUUUAUCAACGUUGAUAAGUCCCUAGAUGAAAUACAGGAAUUUAAAAUCAAGAAACUGCCGGAUGAUCAGGGUUGGGAUGCUGGAAAAGAGAAUUCAUUUCAAAAAAUUGGACACCAUCUUUAUAGAGCAGUGCUUAAUCAUAAGCAAUAUAACUUUUGUACGAUGAAUCAAGAUUACACAUCAAAUUUUAAUGCUAGUGACAAGGAAGCUGAUUGGGCCGGAAUCGACAUUAUAGCCUCUCCCGAGAAAAGAUAUGCAUUAGGAGACACCUCAGGCAACAUCAUGAUCUAUGAUGGAUCAUUAAAGCUGCAAAAGGAAAUGCUAGGGGCGCAUCUAGGUGAGAUUACUUCGUUGAAGUUCUUUCCCAGUGGGGAAGUACUACUAUCGAGCUCUACAGAUACCAAAAUCAAACUUUGGUCCUUGGUAGAUUGGUCAAACCCCAGAACAUUUCAAGGUCAUAAGGGCUCAAUAACGCAACUUUGCAUGAUUGACCGGGGCCGUAAUUUCUUGUCCUCAUCAACAGAUGGAUCCGUUUGUCUAUGGGAAUGUGGAUCGGGACAGAAAGUCUUCUCUUUUUCCAGGAAAGAGAAUCCUAAUGAUGGAAUAAAUGCAAUUGAUCUCCUUUCGCAGUGUGUCGAUACAGAUUACACGCCCUCUAGCCCAUUAGAAUUUCACACAAAGGGCAAACAUGUAGUUGCAGGACAUUCAUCCGGCGUUGUGACCCUUCAUGAUCUGUACAGUAAGGAGCAACAACUCCAGCUACCUAGUAAGUUUAUGUGCAGUUGCAACACGUUGAAAGUCGAUACAAAAGAUAAUAACUAUAUAUAUGCUGGUUAUCAGAACGGUAUGCUUUCGCAAUGGGAUUUGAGGCAACCCACAUGUGCAGUUGACAGCAUCUCCAUCAAUGAGGGAACCCCGAUUAAUAGCAUUUUUCUCGAUUCAAGUUCGAUGUAUAUUUCCUCCGGUGUUGACACUAGUCUAUCGUUGAAUAUUGACGAACCAGAAAGACGCAUGCAGUACCAAAUGCCAAUGUUUCUAGUUUCCAAUGACUACCAAGUUUCGCAGUUCGCUGCUGAUCCAGAGGACGCCGAUAUCAUUGCGGUGGGAAAUUGGGGAUUCCGAGCCAAGUUCAAAACACUUUCGUGA